CAUAUGAUGCCGUCGCUCAGCGCCCCUCCCUUCGGAAGAAAGCUGUUGCUAUUCGCAAUCUCAUCUGAUCUGCUUCGGAUUGUGUUCGUCGCUUGUCUCCACCCCGUGUGAGCACCGCGGGGGCAGACAGCUGGUGAUGAGCCUCGGGGGUAUAUUUAAAGCCCCUGGGGGAAGCGGAAGCACGAGCUGUUGUGCGUUAUCGUCAGCUGAGAGCUGCUAGCUAGCAGAGGGCUGCAUGACACGGCGUUAGCUUGCUAGCGGUGCUGCUACAAAUUCACCCUGGGAGCCAAACAUGGAAGGUGGAAGCAGUACGGGGUUGUUGGGGAGAUAGUUCCUGCGGCUGGACGUCGAGAGAAGACGACACCGGAAGCCUGUGGGGAACUGUGACGUCUGCUCACUUUUCACAAACACCGCCUCUGAUCCUUCACACGCCGGCUCUUUCUCUAGGCUCAGUGUCUGGCUCACUGUAACCAUGACGACAGGCGGGUGUUGCCACCUGCCUGGCUCGCUGUGCGACUGCUCAAGCAGCACGGGCCUGUGGAAGAGUGUGGAGGAAGCAGGAGGCGACGGGUGCCAGGCGCUGUACGUCACCCAGGUCACGGCCAUAGACGGACGCCUGCUGUCCUCGGUGCUCAAACCGGUCGCUGCACAAAGUGAUGGUCCCAUUUGCCGUAUCUGCCAUGAAGGCAGCAGCGCUGAGACUCUGCUGUCCCCCUGUGACUGCACAGGGACUCUUGGCACGGUGCACAAAAGUUGCCUGGAGAAGUGGUUGUCGUCUUCCAACACCAGCUACUGCGAGCUCUGCCACACGGAGUUCAGCAUCGAGCGCCGGCCGCGGCCUCUCACCGAGUGGCUACGAGACCCGGGACCUCGCAAUGAGAAGAGAACUUUAUUCUGUGACAUGGUGUGUUUCCUGUUCAUAACGCCACUAGCAGCCAUUUCGGGCUGGCUGUGUCUGAGGGGCGCUCAGGACCAUCUCCAGCUGGGCAGCUGGCUGCAGGCUGUGGGCCUUAUAGCCCUCACCAUCGCCCUCUUCACCAUCUAUGUCCUGUGGACCCUGGUGUCUUUUCGCUACCAUUGCCAGCUCUACUCUGAGUGGAGAAGAACUAACCAGAAAGUACGUCUCCUCAUCCCCGAAGCCAUGGAGUCUAACUCUUCCCAGCAUUCGUUGCUCUCCACUAAGCUGAUGAAGAAAUCUGCCAAUGAAAGCAUAGUAUGAGACCGAAUGGAGGCAGUCGAUGGUAACGCUGUCGUCUCCGGGCUGAUUUCCAGUCCAUCAGACCUCCCACUGAGACUUUACGGGAGCACUUAUCUGCCUUUUUAUUUCCUUUUACUUCGCCCCUGUAGUACUUUGUGUUCUUUAAAAUUCUGUCCUCGUCUGGAUGCAGAAAUUAUGCAAAGUCGCUGGAGAAGGAACGGCACAGGGAGUAUGCAGACCCUGACUGUGAUGUUUGAACAGCCGGGUCAUCGUGGGUGAAUCGCGACAAACUUGGAAUAAGGAAUGGACCAAACUAACUCCCUGAGCGAACGUUGAAUGCCUUUGUUUGUUCUGUUCUGUUCUGUUUCAACGAUACUGGAUGGUUUCAGUAGUAGGUUCAUUCACUGUUGUGCUGCAGUGUCCCAUGAGCAAGCAAAUACCUACAGUACUUUGGCCUUGCUUUCUUAUUAUUAAUCUUAUUAUUGCACAACCCUAUAUUUCUCUGAAAGGGAAGGGAAGUCUAGAUUGUAAUAACUUUACGUUUCACAAUCCAGAUGCCAGGACUUUGUGUGAGACUGACUUUAACCCUAGCACAAGUCGUCUGUUGAGGUUUUUGCCGUCGCUGUGUCGUCGUAUCUUAGCAGAUGGCAGCAAAGAGGCACGGAAUUUGCAUAAGCAGAGAUUGUGCAAUAAAACACUGUGGACGUUGAGGUGCAUGCAGUACACACCUCUGCCAACAUGCACAGUUACGCAUGCAAGCACUGUUAAUAGUUUUUUUUGAGGAUUUUCUUACUGUUCGUGUUGUAAAAUAAUUUUUAAAUCACUGAAGAAGAUCUACUAAUCCUACUUAUGUAGGGGCUAAAAGCGUCCUCGUAGAGGUUCUUUGUAUUUGUACAGAUCGGUAGGAAACUCAUCAUUGUGGAAUUUACAGCAACCUGUCCAAAGGCAUUGUUUGCUGGUUGGAGCAGCAGAUACAAACACUCGGUGAAGUACUUAAUUAUUAGCUUCCUGUUUAUUUUUUUUUAAACAUUGUACGUGUCUAUUUGUGUGUAGUUUCCGUGAGGAGGAAGACACAAGCCCUUCCUGCUCCUGAGCUGUGGUUUAACGUGGGAAUAUUGGGUUCAGGGGUUUAGUGCUUGUGCCAGUCUAACAUGUACCUACCAGCAGUCACUUUAAGUUUGGCUACAAUAUGCAAGCAGCACUAGGGCCAGAUCAACCUCUCACAUGUUUUUGACUUUUCUUUAAAGCGGGGAUGGAUUAUAUACCAGAAUGUGUCAGAGGCACAGGGUUUCAGUCUGCCGAUGUGAGGAGCACCUUAUGCGGCUUAUGAGGAGAUGGUUAAUUGGCGUAUGAGGCUGUCAGCAGCAAGACAAGCUUAAAGAUGAAAACUUAGAUUUAAGGCUACAAAACUAUAUUUUAGGUUCAGCUGAGGGCAUAACUCUGUAUUUAUGUUUUAUUUAUAGGUGUGCAGGUAAUUUGAGUAGGUCAAAAAAGAAAAGCAUUGGUUCUUCUUUUAACCAGUGCAGUGAGAUACACCUUUAAACUUGGUUUCUGUAAUGUUUUUACUUUUGUGGCAGAAUUGUCACAAAAGUGUGUUGUUAAGGGCAAAGAAGCCAACCCAGAUCUUCAGAGUGAUCUUCAGAUCAUAAUGUUACCUGAGUUUCUAAAUAUUAAAUAAAUAAACCUCUUUCUA